AAUGUCAGGGAGGUGGGGCUGGCUGGAGGCCUGGGCUCCCCUGGGCUCUGUCCCCAAGGAAGAGGACAAAGUGGGGUUGGGCUUUUUCCUGAGAUGCGUUUUGGGGGUGAGUGCAGAUCUUGGGGACAACUUUGCUGCUGGGUUUCUCCUGGGACAUGGCUGCAGCCCGUACACUGCCCCGGCAGCCGCUGUGUGAGGCUGCAGAGGGUGUUUCUUUUCCACAGGCAAACUGAACGGACAGGUUUGCUGAUGGGUGUCCAGGUGCCAGUCCAAGGGGUGUGAGCCGAGCGGGCACUCGGCAUCCCAGCAUCAGCUCCAGCUCUGCCGGUGGGUGGGAGACCUCAGCGUGGAUUCUAAACUUCAGGAUCCAGCACCGAAGGACCUGGACUACACCGCCGCCGCCUUGGGCCCUGAGAAGGACUCUGAGCAGCUGUGUUUGCCUUCCUCAUUAUCCCCCGGCCCUUCCCCUCAUCUCUGUGCCCCUCGGUCUCUCACCCCCACUCAUUUCUUCCCCCUUCCUCCUCCUGCAGCCCCUGCCCGCCUCCCUCUCUUCUCAUCUAUUAACACCCCCCACUGUCACCUUCUUCCUCCAUUCUCUCCUUCCCUCUUCGCACACCCCUUCCUGCUCCCCAUUUUCCCUGCUUCCCCUGACUAUUCCUCCCUCUCUCCCACCCCUUCUCCUCUCCUCUCCCCAGUUCCCUCACUGGCCUUUCUCCCCACCCCACACUCUGCUUUACUCCUUCCCCCACCUUUACACUGGGCCCUGCAUUUGCCUCCACUCUGCUCCUUUCCGCUUAGCGUCCCCCUGCCGAUGCCUCCUCCCUCCCUCUCCCUCCCCUGCAUCUUUCCACCCUCCCUCCUCACUUCCCUCCCCACCCUCCUCCUUCGGCCCCACCACCUCCCACUCCUCCCCGCUCCUGCCCCACCCAGUGUUUGCAUUUCUCCCGGAUCCAGAUGAAGGGGUUGCCCUACCCCAGCCUGUGCCCAGCCCACUUCUGGGAGCUGGGGUCUUGCUUCAUGGCUGACGGCUCCAACACGCAGGCCCUGGGGAAAGGGCCCCCACUCAGCAUCCAGCUCCUGCGAGCCCAGUACGAAGGCUUGAGGCAGCAGCAGAGGACCCAGGCCCACCUCGUGGUGCUCCCAAUAGGUGGGAACACACCAGCUCCUGCUGAAUCCAUGGUCAGCGCUGUUUGGAUCAACAAGGAGAGGAGGCACUCACUGUUCCUGGACCAGGCGGAUCCUGAGGCGGCGGGGAUGCGGGAGGAGGACGAGGGAGGCUACCCGCAGGUCCUCGGGGCUCCGUGGCGCACACACCUGCAGAUGCACUGCUCGGUCCAAGCCUUCCCCCAGGAGACCAGUCAUCACAUAAAACACAAGGGCAAGUUCACAGGGUCUGGGCAAAGGCUGCCGCAGCAAAGGGACCCAGGCUUGCUUGAAAACAAGCAGAUGACUCAGCAAGACACCACAACGCCAGAGGCAGCACCCCCGCACGAGGGUCAGGUGGGCGAAACACAAACGCAGGCGGUGGGAUCUGGCUUAAGCAAUGGCAUCCGGUGCCCUUCCUCCAUAAGGAACCCACACAGGUCUGGGACACCAGCUCACUAUCCAUUUCCCCAGAGGAAGACUCCCAGGAUCUCCCAAGCUGCCCGCAACCUGGGCUUAUAUGGCCCAGCCUGACGCUUUCCAUGCAGCCAGAUGUCCCGAGUUUGAUACCAUCUGCGGUCUCAUCCAAGAACCUAGGAGGCAGAGCCACAGCGAGGGCCUCCGGCUGUGCACAGAACUGGACUAACUCCAGGGCAGGGACUGUGGGAAAUGGACUGCACGGUGGGCACAGGGUCCUGUCCUUCGGCGGAAGGGAGGCUGCCCAGACCGGACUGCUCACAGCGGAGGAGGAAGGAGUGCUGUCUGACCAAUGCAGCCCCAUUCUGCUUAAACAAGACGUUGCCACGGAGCCCCGGAUGCCUGGUAGGGCACCUGCUCAGUCCCCGACACCGGCACCGGGGAAUUCUGACCAAUGAAACAGGGACCCUAGCCCCUGGGAUGCCUUGGCAGCACCCUGGAGUGUGGAUGAAUGUGGAUGAUCUCGUGUCCACUGCCUUCUGGUGAUUUCUCACGUGUUCUGGAGAAGAUGAGCUCUGAGGAUUGCUCUGCCUGGAGGCCAGCUCAGUUAGAAGUCACUACGUUUACUGGUAGUGACCACACCAUUUCAGCCUGAGCUUCCCAGGGUAUGGUCCCCCAGGGAGAAAGGGGGCAGGGCAAUGCCACCUACCACUGGGGGUGUUUAAGGGGCCUUUAGGAAGGAUUGGUCACCCCUCACCUCCAUUGAGAUGGCACCCCCCAUGUCACAGAGUUAGUUCCCUCUGUCCUUCCUCCUUCCCUUCCUUCCCCUCCUUCCUUCUUUCUACUUUUCUAUUUGCCUGUCAUCUCUCCCUCUUUUCCUCCCUCCCUCUCCCCUCUCUCUAAAUUAAGUUCUUAUUAACACUGCCCAUCAUUCAAGACCUAUUGUCAUAGGAGUCUAAGAAACGGGGAGCCAAGGAAACGUUCCUUCUUAGAAUAUAUGUGUUUCCCUCACACGGUUCCCUUUGCUGCCACAUUUGGAUCGCUCGGCCCCUUCCUGGGAUAGUUUAAACGUAGGAGAAAGUGAAGCAGGUGUUACUUGGGUGAGAUGGGGAAUAACGUAUGUCUUUCCUGGUUAAUAUUUAACUUCAGUAAUGAUAUUUAAACACAUCCGAGGUGCCUCUUCCUCAUAUCGAUCCCCUCUCUGUAGUUUCUCCCACAUCCUUUUCCCCCACGGCAGAGCCUUGCCUAGUCACAUCCUGAGUGGUUCGCUAGGGUUGUCAUUACCUGUCAAAAAUAUAUGUGUGCUUGCUCCUUGGGCCACCCAGAAACUCACUCCAACUUGGAUAUUCAUUGUGAUUCCUUUUGUGAAUAAUGAAUAACUUGUUAAAUUUUUUUAUAGUCUAAUGAAAAACAAGAACAUUUUCUGAAGAAAACAAAAACA